AGGGGAGAUUACAGGAUGAGACGUAUAUACUAUCACAGCCAACAAUGCAAAGCUCACUCCCGUAAUGUACGUUACAAGCUUCGGAAAUAUUUUUUUAUUUUACUUGGUAUCUGCUACCUUAUAGCGCUUGUGACUGUGAAGAGUUCGUUUCAUAGCGACUCAUUAAAAAUGGCCUUAUUAACGCUAUACUGGAGUCUGGAUGGCAUCCUCGUCCUUUCGUCUCUGAUUAUCGCCGCUUAUCUGUUCGUGACUCGGAAAUUCAAUUACUGGUCGAAACGGGGCGUAAAAGAGCUUCCACCUACGCCUUUCGUAGGCAACUUUAUGGACUGUCUCCUGUCAAGAAAAUCGGGCUCAGAAUUUCUCAAGGACCUAUACGAUUACGGCAAAGGUUGGCCUUUGCUGGGAUUCUACGUGUUCGACAAACCUCAACUGUUAAUUCGCGAUCAAGAACUCGUGAAGCACGUCCUAGUGAAAGACUUUGACUAUUUCCCUGAUAGGUACGCGACUGCAGAUGAGCAAAAUGAUCGUUUUGGAUACGCAAAUGUGGUCCUGAUGAAGAAUCAAGGAUGGAAAUCUCUCAGGCCAAAAUUGACACCGAUGUUUACCCCGGGCAAGCUGAAGACAAUGUUCGAUUCAAUGUUGAUAGUCGCUGACGAUCUUGGAAAGUGCCUCGAUUCGUUGCAUUUGGAGGGCGAUGGAAAAGUAGUCGAGUUCAGGGAGAUUUCCGCGAAUUUCACCACCGAUAUGAUUGCUAGUAUCGUGUUUGGCUUAAAAGUAGGUGCGUUAAAGAAUCCAAAAACACCGUUCCGUGAAUAUGGCAGGAAGAUCUUCCAUCCUAAUUUCCAUCGUAACAUGGAGUUACUUAUCAUAUCCUUCUCGCCUCAGUUAGUCAAAUAUCUCAAGCCGAAGUUCUUUGGAAAAAAUGCAACUAACUUCUUCCGAUCUGUUUUCUGGGAUGUGAUUGAUCAAAGAGUCGAUUCCGGCCAGAAGAGGAAUGAUCUCACAGAUGUGCUGAUCGAGAUCAGGAAAACAUACAAGAACAACGAAGAUUUGAAGGAUUACAAAUUCGACGGUGACGAUUUAGUGGCACAAGCGAUCAUGUUCUUUGUUGCUGGUUCUGAGACAUCUGCUACCGCCAUUGCUUUCACACUGCACGAACUUGCAGUGAACCCAGAUGUACAGAGGACUCUUAGGGAAGAGAUUCACGAUGCUCUAGAGAAAACUGGUGGCAAAAUCACAUACGAUAUGAUUACGACGUUACCAUACCUCGAUAUGGUAAUUUCUGAAACUCUUCGUAAAUAUCCAUCUGUAGCACACUUGGAUCGAAUUACCGUUGCCGAUUACGAAGUGCCUAAUUCCGAUCUGGUGCUAGAGAAAGGCACCCCGAUAUUCAUUUCGAUAAUGGGUUUGCACUAUGAUUCGCGGUACUUCCCGAAUCCAAAAAAAUACGAUCCACUCCGAUUUACCGAGGAAGCCAAAAGUACCAGGCCAAGUAUCGCCUACUUGCCCUUUGGUGGAGGUCCCCGCGGCUGCAUCGGUAUGCGAUUGGGGCUCAUUCAGUCCAAACUUGGAAUCGUACAGAUAUUGAAGGACUACGAAGUUUCGCCUUGUGAAAAAACCAAAACUUUAGUGGUCCUAGAUCCCAAAACGAUCAUCACGACAGCUUUAGGAGGAGUACAACUCAACAUUCGAAAGAUUACCACUGCUGCUGAUUAGACGAGGCUAAAGUUUUGCGAAUCGCGUUAUGCAUACCGGUUUUCUGCCUUGUUUGUUAUAAGUUAGAUAUAUUUUAUUAGCGAAUCGGCGAAUGUCAGCAAGUAACAUCGUCAUUUCUUUCUCAGGAGAAAUGGAUCUUUAGAUAUUAAAUAUAUCUUAGAAUCGUAAUCCCAAAUGCCCGAAAAUCGUGAUUACAAAUAUCUGAAGAUAAUUGGAUUUAUUUGGUAUUAGAUAAUAGGAAAUCGUCUUUCUGUAAAUUUGUUGUAUCCUGGUGAGGAAAAUAUCGCAUGCAGAGGAAACACAGUUAGUUUUGUUUCACUUACGCGGUCACAUGUAUAUAUUUAUUUCAUUCACUUAUUCUCAUUUACAAAAGAGACUAAUCGGCCGAUUGGCCGCCACGUGGCCAGUGCAUGACCGCCGCUUAACUUACAAUUAAAUCUCUGUAAUAUAUUAUUACGACACCUUAAAAUCAAAUUGGAAUGGCGAAUACCGUGCGGUAUCCCGGCACCUUGUUCGUAGCCAUUGUUCGACGAUGGCGUUCGAUACGCGUAUUAGUCACGGUAAUCUGUGGCAUAACUCUCCAUUCUGAUCAUUUGUAUCGUGUCGGUUUCUAAAGUGAAGCAUCGAACAUCCACGAAUGGUCGAGUAUGAUUUUCAUGAUCCUCGAUUCUACGCUAUCGAGUAAAACUUUCGGAGAACACCUGCGCGGGAUUUUGAUAGUCUUGCUAUUGUUUAGCUUCCGAAUAUUGAGAGGUAGCUUCUUCGUUUCUUCGUUCGGUAUAAUAUCAUAUGAGCAGAAUAGCGAUCGAUCGUCAUAAUCGAACAAGGUAUGCAUGUACAUACUUACGAACACAGGGCACACGCCUCUGCAACAUGCUUGAAUUUGUUUCACGAUACUUUUACACACAUAAUAACUAUACAAUUUAUCGUUUACAAUAUCUGUGAUAGUAACUCGCCAGCGAGCAUAGCCGUUAUUUCACGUCCUCCGUUCCAUAAUUCUUUUUCACCAGGUAAAUAUACGUUAUACAUACAUCUA